AUGGCUGUCAAUCCGGAGCAUGUGGGCUCCAUUGUCGAUGUGAAGCCUCAGUAUGAAACUGAAAGUCGUCAAGAGCUUACCCAUUCGGCUUCCUUUUGGAGCACUUCAACAGAAGUCGACCCCUCAGCUAUCGGUGCACAGGAUGACGGAUGCGAUGUGGUUUGGGGGCCACUGCCUCCGAAUUGUAUAUGUAGGCAACAUGAAGCCACAGGGCUGUUCGUGGGACAUGAUUGUGUUUCUUUCGAUCGACGUUGCAUGUUGAGUUUCUUGAAAAAGACCUCCCACGCACAAAAAUACCUUCAACCUCUCUGUGAGAGCUGGAAAUUUGAUCCAGCAGAUAUCAAAAAGGGCUUGUACACGUCAGUGGCGAUCAGCUUGGAAGGACAAAGCUUGAAAAAAUUCAAGCUUCUCACUUUCGAUGCUUUGGCACAGCAAGCGCUGGGUAUCUCUGCGCCAGAGAUUUUGGAUUUCUGUUUGAGGUACCAAUGGCUCAAUGCAAGAAUCUACUACUACUUCAUUAAGCGACGCCGUCAUGUACAGCACUUGGUCAAAGUCAAAAAAGAGCUGGACAUCUUGGAUGCUGAUCCUUUCAUAUGCGCUGUGAUUCAGAACGCAUAUGAAUGUGUUGUUGCAGGACAAAUAAAAGAUGCAGAUCUGGAUUUGCCGCUUUGCUUCUUCAUCACCGAGCCCCUGAAAGGGCUAUUCCAAAAGCAUAAGUCUACUGGAGUCAUCCUGCAACAAUUGAAGUUGCUGAAGUCUCGUUUUGCCAGCUUCUGUGACAAUGCCCUCAGGAAUUGGAAUGAACCGUUCGACACCAAUACAGAAUUUUUCGACGAGUUUCGAUCUUUAGGGCCUGUAGCACUUGCGAGGUCUUUGUCUGAAACGGCUCAUGCGUCCUAUCAGAAGCUCAAGAUAAAUUCUUUCAAAAGAGAACGUCAAGCCCUACAGAACCUGAAUGAAAUCAGCAAUCGCUUAUGUUGCUCAGUGAAGGAAUGUUCAGACGCUGGAGUCCUAAGUGCCUCAGAACUACUUCAACUUUCCAAGGAGCUCUGUUGUCUUCGUAAUUUCUUUUCUAUGAGAGCUGUUCGCGACGGCAUGAAAUAUAGCGGCUCUUUAAAAGAGACUGUGCAACAAAUUGAUAGCCUUGUCAACAUACAGCAUGAGCUCAAUGGCUCAACUCCUGCGUUAUAUUCAGUGCUUCAAGCCGGGAAGCAAGCAGCGCAAGGGGACUUUUCACUUGCUGAAAAACUUAUCAAGAUGUGUUCGUCCUACUCGGUCCAAAGCUCUACAUCGGCAGGCAAAAAAGCUUCAUCUCUCAAACUCAUGCACCCUAUUGAUGAUGGAAAGCUUUUGAGGCGGAAGAACGAAGAGCAUAUUCCAGCUCCUUCUGACGAGUUGUUUAGGACUGCACCUUUUAGCGCAGGUGUAUUUUCAGACCAAGAGCCCUCAAGGAACGAACAGAUGCAGUACGGCCCCACGACCCCAGCGAGCAUUGUCGAGGGAAAUGGAUGCCUACAUUCCCGCCGAGGUUUCAAAUUGCAAUUAUGGACAUGGCUUUUGAGGGCUCAAUCUUUCUGUGUGGAGUAA